GUUUAUUGAGUUGAUGGAUUGUUGUUUUUCUGGGGCUGAUGAGAACAAUCAGACUAAUGGAGGAAAUGAACUUAUUUUUCCAGUUUAUCCAGUCCUUCCAUGCAGAGAUACAAUGCAGCGCUCAAGAACAAAUUCCUGUGAUCUAAACAGUAAUCAUUUCCAGCAGUCGCCUGUUGUUUCCCCAGUGGAUCAUGAUUCGAAUGUGCCAUACAACAUAUCAGUUGAUUGA